CCUGGUUUCAAUCAUCCUCAUCCCUGAAGAUUCCGUGAAUUCGGCACCACCAGUUCGACGAUGGGUUUCCUUCAUCUGCAUCUGCACGAUCAUCACUCGUCCAAUCAUACCUGCCCCUCACAUGCCGUCUCCGAAGAUGAGACCAAGAAUGUGGUCGGCAACAUCUCCUUCUACCAUUUGAAUAUGAUCAUAUCCGGCGCGUCCACUGCCUUAGCCUGUCUGAUCAUCUUCGCCUUGAUGUUCAGACAUGCGACGCGUUUCAGCAACCCGACCGAGCAGAUUAGAGUCAUGAGAAUCAGCAGCGUCGUUCCCGUCUACUCGAUCUUCUCCUUUCUGUCCGUCUGCUUCCCCGCCGACUACGUCUACUUCUCGUCCUGGCCGGACCCGUUCGAAGGCAUCGCCCUGUAUGCCUUUUUCUUGCUGUUGUGCGAGUUUAUCGCGCCCAGUGAUGAACAGAGAGUGCAGUUGAUUUCCACCCAGCAAAUCAAGCCUUCUAGGUUGCGGCGACGAGCACCGCCGAUGGACGGAUUGACUUGGUUCAAGCGUACCUACUAUGUGGUCCUGCAGUACCCCGUCGUCGCGUUGAUCACAACGGUGGUGGCCUGUAUUACUCAAGGAGCGGGGGUGUACUGUCUCGACAGCAAGGAGCCUUACUUUGCACACAUUUGGAUUACGAUCCUCAAGAACCUGUCGGUUUCAAUCGCGGUCCUGGGCGUGGUCAAGUUCUUCAUGCAGCUCAAGAGCCACAUGGAGGGGCACCGGGCUUUUGCCAAACUGCUGGCGUUCAAACUGAUUGUCGGCUUGGUUUUCGUCGAGAGUAUCCUGUUCACUAUCCUCCGAACGGCCUCGAUUCUCAAGGCGUCGUCUGUCAUGACGUACACCGACAUCACCAUCGGACUGCCGACCAUGAUCAUUUGCAUCCAGAUGGUGCCGCUGGCCUGCUUCUUCCACUAUGCAUACAGCGUCACCCCCUACAGCGUGAUGAAGAUGCCUCUUAUGUCCCAGCCGCAAUACGAGCCAGUAGACGACAUUGCACAGAUCAAGAUGCGACAGAAGUACCAAGGCGGUCCUCUGGGGAUCUACGCGUGGGCGCUCUUUUUCAACCCGGUGGCGAUGGUGCAAGAGUUUUCAUACCCCUUGACCUUGCUGUCGACAGCGACGCGGUCACCGGAGCAUCAGAUCCUGACCCCGGAGCAGCAGGAUGAGCGGUAUGAGGGGCUGUAA